AUGAACGUCACAAAGUUCGGCCCGUUGGUCAGUAGACCGGAUGCGCUGGUCAGCUACGAGGUCAGGGAGAAGGUCGAGACCUUCAACGUCAUGUUCGGGGAGGUGGUCGGCUUGUUAGGGAUCAUCGCCAACGUCAUCAACAUUGUCGUCUUCUCGAAAAACGGCUUCGACGACACGGUGAACAUCAGCCUGACGGCUCUGGCGGCCGGCGACAUCGGCGCCCUUGUCACGCUCCAGUGCUUCAACGUCAUCGUCAACCCCUGGUUCCUGGCGCUGGACCUGCCCUUCCUGGCGCUGGAGAUCCAGAGCCUGGUCGCUGGCUACCCCCACAACUAUUUUGUCAAGGUGACGGGUUUCAUCACGGCCUUCGUGGCGUUCGAGCGUUGCCUGUGCGUGUACACGCCACUCAAAGUCCGGCAGAUCGUCACCAAAAAACUGGCCAUUGCCUUCAACGUCUGCGUCUUUUUCGUCAUCGCUCUGACCAUGUUUCCGGUGUACUACACGGCGUACUACGACUGGAAAUUUGUUCCUACCCUAAACAAAACGGUGCUAGGGAUAUUUUAUACUAAAAAUUUAAACGAGCUACUGGGGCCUUCAUUGUUUAUCACGAACUCCGUUGUACCGCUUAUAGCUUUUGGUGUUAUCAUAUUAUGCAACAUCGUUAUAGGAUUUAAACUGAAGAGUAAAGCAAUAUGGCGGAAAAAGGCCUCUAGCUCUGUAGCGGAAAUAACCUUAAAAGAAAAGAGGGUUGUCGUCAUGAUUGUCACGGUGUCUAUAAUCUUCAUCGUCUGCUUCAUCCCGUCGUCUGCGCUGUUGUCAGCGCGCGCCGUGGUGCCAGAGUUGAGCAUUGGGGGCGUGUACGCCAACAUCAACUGGAUCGUGGCCACGACAGCCUUGGAGAUGGAGACGGUCAACUCCAGCAUCACAGUCGUUGUCUACUAUCGCAUGAGUACCAAGUACCGGGAAACCCUGCGCGCUCUAUUCCGGUGGGACGCAAAAAGCGCAGGGAAACAAACAAAAAAUGCUGCACUAGAUACAAUUUAA